UGUUCCUGUCCUAGCUUAGCUGUUGGCAAAACAACAUGAGCGAGUCCUUGAAACGCAGUGCAGACGAGCUGGGCGGGCACGAAGACAAUGGAGACCGCGACUACAAGCAAGCGCGUAUCCCCGACCGCUUCGAGGCGUGUGAUCCACGGCUACGCGACCGCAUUGACCGGAUGGUUGCCGGUGGACUGGUUCGCGCCGAUGAUGUCGACGACAAGUGCCUCGACCUGCUACGGUCCCUGACCGUCGAGGACGGCAUCAGCGUGAUCGACCAGUUCGAGCGGGCGGUGCAGAACGGCGGGGUGAAGAACAAGAGCGCCUACCUCGCGGGUGUGGCCACGCGCCACAAGCACUUUGGCCAUGGCCCCAAGCUGGCCAAGGAGGUGCAGCACCGGCUGGAGUCGCUGUACCGCUCCGGCAAGAUGCGGGACACGGUGUUUGACGGCAAGGUGCUAGAGGCCAUCAACGACCUGGACGUGGGUCUGGCGCUGCGCAUCAUCGACACCUUCGAGGCGAAGGACCUGGAGGACGCGCGCAACCUCAACGCGCUGUUCAUGUCCACCAUAAAGAUCACAAAGGAGCAGAUAUCGCGUGAACGUUCCUAUGGCAUGCCGCCGCCGCCGCACGGCUACCGCGAACCGCUGCCGCCGCCGCACCACCACCACCACAUGCCCCCGCCUCCGUACGGAAUGCCCCCGCCGCCGCACUACGGAUCGCCCCCGCCCCCUUAUGGCGCGCCACCGCCGCCGUAUGCCGCUCCCCCGCCGCCGUAUGGUGCACCCCCGCCGUACGCGCCGCCAAUGCACGCGCCGCCACCGCCGCCGCACGCAGCACCGCCGCCCCGGCGCCACUACGGUCCGGAGCAGUCGGCGGCGGGCGUGCGCAUCGACGAGCUACACAACCUGAGCGUGCACGCGCCGUACGUGCCGCCCCAGGUUGCGCUGUCGCUGCAGCGCGCCUGGGACAGCGGCAACCGGCUUGUGUCGUUGCUGGAUGACGGGUCGUGGAAGGCGCUGGCGGAGCUGGAGCCGCACUUCGGACUGCAGGUGGUCACUGAGGUGGUGGAGGCGAUGAACAACCAGCAGAUUCGCAACUGCAACGCCUUCCUCAUCUCGGUGGCGAAGAAGUUCCUGACUGGCGGCGUGUCGCCCUCGGGAGCCCCCGGCGGCCCCGGCGGCCCUGGUGGCUACGGUGGCGGCGGCUACGCGGGAGGCGGCGGCGGUGGCUAUGGUGGUGCUGGCGGCGGCUAUGGCGGCGGCCCGGGUGGCCCCGGUGGGCCGGGCGGCCACCAGAAGGGCGUGCCAGCGCUUAACAAGCUGCAAGGCGUGCUCGCGCAGCGCGCGCAGGACCUGCUGACCCAGCACGCGGGCGUGCUGCGCGACAGCCAUUUCGACGAGGUGGUGGUCAGCCAGCUGCAGCGGCUGCCGGAGCACGAGUCGCUGGAGGUGCUGGCGGAGAUCGGGCGGCACGAGCUGGUGGGCGUCAAGAACGUGCCCGCCUACAUCAUGGGCAUCAUCAACCGCUACAAGCGCGGCGGCGCGCGGCCCGGCCACUAAGCAGGCCCCGGGCCGGCCUGUUAUGGCUGCUGGGAGCUUGGCGGCGUGAGGGGUGUGGGCUUGGCGGGCUAGCCGGGUGCAGAGCAAGGCGUUUGGUUUUCGGUGAGGUUUGUUGUUGAGGCGCAGUGGAGCCACAAGGCGCGCAUUCGCACGGGAAGUGCAUCAGCUUACGGUUAUAGUCAUGGGUGGACGAGUGCUGAACGUACCUCUACACAUGUGAAUGAGGUUGGGAUGGCGACACAGGGCCGGGGGAGGAGGAGGGGCGGCUGGGGGCCGCACCCAUUGAAGGCUGUCUGUCCAACAACGCUGGCCGUUGGGCGCGCCGGUAGAUGCAUGAGGCGGGACCCGGACCUGGUAAUCAUGUGUGGCAUCAGCUGCAGCGGCCACCGUGGCUGGUUGCCAUGCGGCGCGGAUGGCGUGAUUUUGGGAUAGGGCUGUGUGGGUUCCGGUGACAACCCGGUAGACUGUAGUGCUGGGCUUGCGGGUUCGUGGCAUACUAUCAUUGCGGCCAUGGCUACCUGGGAGGCUAGGGCAUGGAGCGUGAGGGUGCGCGACAUGUGCGACGUUAUAGGACAGUGUCCCAAAAGAGGAAUGGCGGUGCCGUGCGUAACCGGAUGUGGCCGAUCAAGAAUGGGUGUGCGAUGGGACAGUGUCAAGGCAGGUUGGUGAAGUCCCGCAGCAGGGUGCAGCUGAUUACCAGACCCCAGAAGAUGGCAAACACUUUGCAACGGCAGGGCUGGAGUGCGCGGCUGGUCGAACGCCGGAGUCACUGUACCGAGAAGUUGCUGGCUGGCUGAAAGUUUGCUGAUGCGCAUUCCUCACGCUCCGGGCGCCCGGCCAGGCGAUAGCACCACACAGACACACCGCAACGCCACACUCGCGAUGCAGAGCCGCAGCGCACCUGCGGAAGAUGACCAGCUGUGUGGGUGUGGGUAUGUGCAGAUUGUUGAUUGGGAGCCGGAUAGCCGGGGCAGGUUAUGCACGUGCGAUGUUCGGCCGUGCGGAGGUGCGGCAAAGUUGAGCAACGUGUGCCGCGGAGUGCAUGCAGAGCAUGUCGAAUGAGAAUUUAGGUAAUGGGUACGUGCCGAGCAAUGGUCGGCGUGUUUUUGUUCGGAGCGACCGAGCGCCGGCAUGGGACUGGGGGGCGGUGUGACGGUCCGAACUUGCAUACUGUUUCUUUCUGGCAGUUGCUAUGUAAGCCACAGGCUUUGCAGAAUCCGUUGUGGUUCAUGUUGGACCUGCUACGCGGAAUGCUGCUUGCCAGCAGGUGGACCAAACGCUGGGAACGUGGCAUGCCAACCCUGCCGCUGUCCAGGCACACGCUGCUACCUGCAGUUCAAUUUCUGUAACAGCCCUAGGCC